CUUGUUAAAUAAACAGCGCACGCAGUGUGUCACCCCCACCCUCCACCACCUGCCCACGCCACCAUCAGCAUUCACCAGCGCGAACCAAGAGAGAAGCGACUAGUCCAAGAACUCAUCAGCCCAUCAUGGCCGCCGCGCUCAGAGUCCCCGUCUCCCUCAAGUCCGCGGCCUCCGGCUCUACGGGCUUUGCUAAGGUCCCUUCGCAGAUGCCGGUGGCGGUGGCUGGGACUGGGAAGAUGCGAGGAGCCCGUGGGGUCGCCGUGCGAGCUUCGCUGUUCUCGCCGAAGCCGGCGGCGGCCAAGGACGCGCGGCCGAUCAAGGUGCAGGAGCUGUACGUGUACGAGAUCAACGAGCGCGACCGCGAGAGCCCCGCUUACCUCCGCCUCAGCGCCAAGCAGACGGAGAACGCGCUCGGUGACCUCGUCCCCUUCACCAACAAGGUGUACAACGGGAGCCUCGACAAGCGGCUGGGCAUCACAUCGGGGAUCUGCGUGCUGAUCCAGCACGUCCCGGAGCGCAACGGCGACCGGUACGAGGCCAUCUACAGCUUUUACUUCGGCGACUACGGCCACAUCUCCGUGCAGGGCCCCUACCUGACCUAUGAGGAGUCGUACCUCGCCGUCAAGGGGGGAUCCGGCGUAUUUGAGGGCGUCUACGGCCAGGUGAAGCUCAACCAGAUCGUCUUCCCCUUCAAGAUCUUCUACACCUUCUACCUCAAGGGCAUCCCGGACCUGCCUCGGGAGCUGCUCUGCACGCCCGUCCCGCCGUCGCCCACCGUCGAGCCCACUCCCGCCGCCAAGGCCGCCGAGCCGCACGCCUGCGUCAAGAACUUUACCAACUAAUAAUCCGAUCCUCGUCAAGAUUUUCGCUAGCGGAGUUCUACUCGAUCAUAUGUAUGGCUUGGCUAGUUUCAAUUCAAUUCGUAGUAAUAAGAGACAUUGAGAGAGUUGUGUGCUUCA